CCACGAGAUUUCGAUAGUUUGAACAUUAUUCAUGUAACUGGAACGAAAGGAAAAGGUUCUACUUGUGCUUUAGUUGAAUCAACAUUAAGAAAUUUCUAUUCAUCGCGUAAAGGAAGUAUGAUAAACAAGAUUCGAACAGGGUUGUUUACAUCUCCACAUCUUGUUGCUGUUCGAGAACGUAUUCGUUUGGAUGGGACUAUACUGAGUGAAGAAGAAUUUGCCAAAUAUUUUUUUGAAUGCUGGGAUAGACUUGAGUUAAACAAUUUACAGAAUGGUGAUGAUAAACAACUUAAGCCAAACUAUUUCCGAUUUAUCACGUUAAUGGCAUUUCAUGUUUUCAUGAAAGAAAAGGUGGACGUGGCAAUUAUGGAAGUUGGGAUUGGUGGUGAAUAUGAUUCAACAAACAUUAUAGAAAAACCCACAGUUUGUGGUGUAUCAUCUUUGGGAAUUGAUCACCAAAGAUAUUUGGGCGAAACAAUUGAUUCAAUUGCAUGGCAUAAAGGAGGCAUAUUCAAGGCAAAUGUUCUGGCUGUUACUGUUGACCAGCCUGCUAUAGCUUUGGACGUCUUGAAGAAACGAGCAAAAGACGUGAAUGCUCCAUUCAUACAAGUCGAAACGCAUACUAAGGAAUCUUUGGGCAACAUUAAUAUCGGACUCGCUGGUCAACAUCAACUCAUAAAUGCAUCUCUCGCAAUUGAGUUAUGUCGUAUAUGGCUUGAAAAACAUAGAAAUAUUAAAUUUGAUAAUGAAAGAGUUCCUCAAGAGUUUGUUCCUGGUCUUGUUAAAGUGCGAUUGCCUGGUCGCACACAACAACUUGUCCUUGAAAAAUAUCCAAAAAUUACUUGGUUUUUGGACGGCGCUCAUACAUUGGAGAGUAUUCAGGUAUGUAUUAACUGGUUUAAUGAAACUGCGAUAUCCAAAGUGGAUGAAAGUCAGGAAACCAAAUCCAAAUCAUUACCUAAUAUUGAACGAAUCUUGAUAUUUAACUGCACUGCUAAUCGCAAUGGACCUGAAAUGUUAAAAAACCUAAUGCAAAAUUCAUAUAUCCACUUUGAUCACGCUAACUUUUGUACAAAUGUCACAUUUACUACGAAUCAAUUUAAACCUGAUUUACAAAACAAUACAAUUAAAAUUGAUGAAAAUCUUACCUGGCAAAAAACACUUUCAGAAAUUUGGCCAACCUUAAUACCAAAAUCACAAAAAAGUGAAGCGCAUGUUUUUCCUACUAUACAAAAUGCUAUUAAUUGGGUACUUGAACAUUGCAAGGAGAAUGAACGUGAAGUUCAAGUGUUGGUUACUGGAAGUUUACAUUUAGUAGGUGGUGUAAUGGCUGUGUUAGAAAUAGAUAUUUAA